AUGAGUGAUCAAGAUGAAGUAUCUAGAUAUAAUCUUGAUACUGUUUUUGUACCAGAACGUGAAGCUGGAAAUAAUACAGAUAAAUCAAAUCCAACACCAAUUUCUUCAUCUGAAGAUGAUGAAAACAAACAACUACUCACAACAACAAUUAAUACUCCAACUACAACUAUUAAUAUUCCUACAACAACAAUUAAUAUUCCAACUACAACAAUUAAUACACCCACAACAACAAUUAAUACUUCAACUACAACAAUUAAUACAUCUCCACCAAGACCAACUAAUUUUUCAAAAUUUAUAAUAACAGAAAUAUCUACAACAAGUAAACCAAUAACUUCAACUAUUAAACCUUUUUCUGUAAAACCAAUACCUAUAAUAACAACUUUAUCAACCCCAAAGAUUAAUUUUAUUAGUUGUCCAAUCUGUAAAAAUGAAUUCAAAGAAAAUGAAAUCAAACUACAUUUAAAAGAAUAUAUUAAAAAUCUUUUAUCAAAAGAUACUGUUCGUGAUAAACUAGAAGUGAAAAGGCAAUCACUUGUAUUUGAUAAAAUAAAAGAAUUAGUUAGUAAACUUACAGAUAUUCAAGUUAAAGAACUUAUUGAUAAAAUUCAAAAACUUAUUGAAAAAUAUAGAGAAAAAUUUAUUGAUUAUAUUCCUAAUGAAAUAAAAGAAAAAUCUUAUAUAACUUUAAUAAAAUAA